CUGACGAAUGAAGUUUGCCAUUGGUUGACGUUUGGACGUUGACAAAUUGGUUUGUUGACGGAUUUUGUGGCGCGCGAAUUUACCCCAACUUUUACGACCGCCGUAGGAAAACGCAAGGAAAAUUGGAAAUUCGAUCCCGUAAAAUGUGCGAAGCGCUUGUUAUGGGUACGGGCAGCGUUAACCGGAAGAGACUGCGUUCGGACGAAACCGACGGUUGCUUUGCGAUGCAGCGGAAGACGUUCGUCAACCAGCAGAUGAUGGAUCGGCAGGACAAGGAAAAGAUGAAACAGAUUCAAGCCAAAACCAUCAGUCUGCUGUUCCAGGGGGCCAAAAGGCAGAGCCAAAUGGUGGGGGUCCCGAUCGACAGCGUCAAGGAAUCGCUCGCCUCCGUCCGGUUGCUCGGUGGAGGAGAAGUUGAAUACGAUCUCAAAUCCGCUUCCGGGUGGCUAGAGAAGAAGCCGGAUCGAAAGUGCCGCCUGUGCGACAGGAUGUCGAUGGUGCACGCUGACUGUACGAACUGCAACCUGGAACUGUGUGAGCAUUGCGGAGUCAACUGUGGGUACUGCCCGGAGAAGAUUUGUCUUAACUGCGUCAGGUUGUUCCACUGCGAAUCCCACGAUAAGCCAUGUUGCGAGCAAUGUAAAAUGUUUGUGCGUUAAACCGAACCUUUACUAUGGUAGCUAAGAUGCAAUAAUCCCCUAGCGUGGUAAGAGUCAGAGCAAUUUUAAGCAAAAGCCU